UUUGACAUUGUUGGAACAUUAAAGCCUUCGAUACUGCAGCUUCAAGGUGUUUUGUCUCAUUCAUAUAUCUAUUCUAUUCAACGCAGCUCUCAUUUUCCUUCAUCUUCUAGAUUUCUACCAUUCUACAACAACAAAAGACUAAGAGUUAAAAACAAAGACUGUCAAAAUGUCUCCCAGCAAGGUUCCCCCACAAGGCAUCUGGGCCCCGGCCGUGACCCUCUUCAACCCGGAGACAGACGAGCUCGACCUCGAAGCCCAAGCAAAGUACUACUCAUACCUCUCCAAGACGGGCCUUGCAGGCCUCGUCAUCCUCGGCACGAACGCCGAGCAGUUCCUCCUCACCCGCGAAGAGCGUAAAGCCCUCAUCGCCACCGCCCGCAAGGCCACCGGCCCAGACUUCCCCAUCAUGGCCGGCUGCGGCAUGCACUCCACAAAGCAGGUCCUCGAGCUCCUCUCCGACGCAAAAGAAGCCGGCGCCGACUCGGCCCUCGUCCUGCCCCCGGCCUACUUUGGCAAGCAAACCACCCCGCAGGUGAUCGACCGCUUCUUCAACACCGUCGCCGAGAAGACCCCCUUGCCUAUUGUGAUUUACAACUUCCCCCUCGUCUGCAACGGCAUCGACCUCGACAGCGGCACCAUCGCCAAGCUCGCAAAGAAGCACGACUCCAUCGUCGGCGUCAAACUCACCUGCGGCGCCGUCGCCAAGAUCGUCCGCCUCGCCGCCGAGCUGCCCGCCGAAAAGUUCGCCACCUACGGAGGCCAGUCCGAUUUCCUCCUCGGCGGUCUCACGUCCGGCAGCGCGGGCUGCAUCGCGGCCUUCGCCAACGUCUUCCCCCGCGUCACGGUGCAGAUUUACAAGCUGCACAACGAGGGCAAGAUCAAGGAGGCCGUCGAGCUGCACCAGAAGGCCGCGCUUGCGGAGCAGGCGACCAAGGCGGGCAUCGCGACCAUCAAGUACGCUGCCUCCGUGUACACGGCGCCGCGGGCCGGGUUGAAGGGCCAGGAGAAGCUGUUUGCGCCUCGGAGCCCGUAUGUCGAGGCCAGCGAGGACCAGAAGAAGACUGUGCACGCUUUGAUGGAUGAGCUGAACAAGCUUGAGGAGGAGCUUGCUGGUUCCAGCUGAGUGGAUUAGCUCAAGUUAGACAGAUGUGAGUUGUUUGGUGAAACGGUCAAAAUUUGUGCGCCUUGUCUUGAUGACAACGUGUGCACCGCA